ACUCAUAGCAUAAAACAAGCAACGUAAGGGUCGAGUUGAUGAAGGAUUCACGACUGGUGUGUAUCAAGGCUCAAUAACAAGUCAGCCGCCGCGGGCGGUCCGCCGGUGACCGGGAGUCGCCGCCAUGGACGGUCCCCCGGAGGCUCCUCCCGAUGAGGAGGAGCAGCUGGAGGAGCUGGAGGCCGAGCAGGUGUACCUGCUGAUGCGCAAGGAGUACCGCAUCUCGCGGAACGUGCGCGCCCAGUGGUACUUCAACCACCUGGACCGCGUGAUUCAGGUGCCCAAACGGCACCGGCUGGAGGAGUUUGGCGAGGAGCUGGACGUGGUCUCGGUGAUCCCGUCGGUACCGCCGCCCGACUGGGACUCGGACACCAGCCACCUGUACCGGUACCGCGUCACGGCGCGUACCGGGCUCACCUUCCUGGCGCACGUGUACCGACUGGUGUUCUGCCUGGACCUCAGCCCCUCCGUGGCCACCGUGGACACCAGCAGCGGAGUGGUGCUGCUGGAUGCCGUGUUCCCCACGCUGAAACGCUGUCUGGAGGGCAUCACACGGCCGUUCUACGUACCGGGCAGUGAGCUUCUGUACAAGCCUCAUCUGUACAUCACUGUCAUCGCACAUACGCCCUUCUUCACCACCCAGACACACCAGGUGCUGGUGCAGGGCUGGCUGCUGACCGAGAACAACCUCACCUCCUUCCUCGACUGUGUGGCCACCAAGCUGAACGACAUCGAGGACAAGUUUGCCGACGUGACGGCCAUGGCCAACGACCAGCUGGAGGCUCAGAGGCUGGAGUCGGAGCGGCUGGUGGGUAAGCUGUUUGAAGACGAGCCCUGUGGCGGUGACAGCUCGGCCGCUUCCCCCGCCGUGCCGAUGGUUUCCCCGGACAUGGGGUUCGUCAACAUGCUGCGAUACGGCAUCCUGGCCCUGCAGCUGCUACCGGAGAACAGCAGCGCAGGUCUGGUGGUGGUGACGGACGGCGCCAUCGGCCUCCCGGACGCCACCAUGUUCGACUCCCUCCUGGUGCAGCUGCGUAACAACACGGUGGCCUGCUCGUUCCUGCGGCUGGGCUCCGGGUGCCAGCCGAGCGCCGGGCUCGGCUCGCUGCCCUACACCGACCUGAUGCACUUCCUGGCCACGGCCACGUGCGGCGCGCUACUGGUCCGACUGCCGGCCGUGCUCAGAGACUACGACUACGUCAUGAACGUCUACCACCGCGCCUUCCUCUCCUGGGGAUUCCAAAAGAGUCUGGUGGGCCUCAGCCAGCUGGAGGAGGAGCACGCGACAGGAGCGGGACCGGCCGACGCGACCUGGUCGCCCGAACAUCCAUCCGGAUACCUGCCCGACACGCGGGAGGACCUCAUCUGCAAACACCAGUCGUCUGGAGAGCUCCGGUCCAGUCUGGAGAGCGUGCUCAGCUGCAGACUGCGGGAGGGGUACAACAUCCGGUCCGUCAGCGUCGAGGACAGCACCAUCCAGAUCGACCUGGUGUUGCCCUGGAAGUACUCCAUCUUCAUCGAGUACCGGCUGAGGUCUGCCUGGCCGGCCACCCGCUGUGCAGACAGCAGCGUUCAGUUCGAGCUCGAUAUCCGAGCUAGCUACGACUUUCUUCACGACGUGCUGGCUCCUUGCGCGGCCAACCGCGCCCGCUCGCCUUACCGCCAGGCCAUGUUCAACAAGUUCUGGAGCCACCUGCAGGCGAUGCGGAACAGCGACCAGCUGUUGGAGCACCUGCACUCGUUCAGCAGCAGCCCCACGCUGUACACGGUGCCGGAGGUGGUGCGCAGCGGCGGGCCGCUCUUCUACCUCUCGGAGACCACCGGCGCGCCGGAGCCAUUCUCGGGCGACCCGACGCACCAGGCGUUCUGCAACUUCUGGACGCCGGUCUGCAUGCUGGACAUCAACAUCUGGCAGAAGUGGAUGCACGCGCACCGGAUCGGCUUGCUGCUCGAGCACGACCACCCGCUGCCGAAGCACCUGUACCUGCCCAACACGAGCGGGCGGUACAACCCGGUCCAGUGUCGACAGGCCGCCAAGGCCGUCACCGCCAUGCUGGCUCAGGUGACCGACUUUGCGCUGCUCGACGGACACUCGUACAUCAAGUUUCUGUAUGACAGUGAGGAGGAGGGCAGCGGUGCGCCGCCCACCUCCUUCUACAUGCUGCGGGUCAACCUGGCGGUGCGGCCGCCCUGUAUGGUGGUGAGGCUAGCCUUCCUGGGAGGCACGCCCGGGCACCGGCGCAACCAGAUCGUCAAGGACCUGCGCGAGCGGAUCCUGGCGCUGACGUUCACCGAGAGUCAGACGGCGCUGUCGGCCGAUCCGCCGAUCCGAAAACACGCCCGGCUCCUGGAGAAGCCCGACCAGCCCAAGACGGUAGCCAUUGAUGACGGCACGCCCGAGCGGGGAGUGAUGGUCGAACACUACGGAGGCAGCCGCGCCGCCGCGCAGGAGGUGCGCUGCUGCGUGCUGCUCAAGAAGCCCGUGGAGAAGUUUCUGAUUCGGUACGACCGCGUGCCGCGCAACUUCCUGAGUCCGGUGAUCCAGCAGACGCAGCCGGCGGGCCGGCCGCGGCCGCGCGCGCCGCCCCACGCCAGCGCGGUGAGCUCGCAGAACCGCACGGCCAGCACCAUGUUCAACACACUGUCCCGCUACCUGCACCACCGGCGCUGGGUGUGGGACAUGCAGGACGCCGGCGGGCCCUCCCUCUCCAUGGCCGCCAUGGGACGCAUCAUCGCCACCGUCAUCAAGACGCGCCUGCAGGAGGGCUUCAGCUUCGCGCACACGUCGAACGGGGUGCUGAACCUGGUGCUGGAGCUGGAGAUGCAGCACCCGCACUGCCGGCCGGCCGGCGGCGCGCUGGCGCCCCAGUCGCACCCGUUCGUCGUUCAGUAUGUGCUGUUUCCUCCACACAUCACGGCUCCGCCCGGCAGUGGCGACAAUCUCUCUGUGUCGGAGGAUGAGCCCGGCGAGGCCGAGAUGGAGUCGAUUGAGUCCGACUCGAUGGCCGAAAUCGUCACAGAGUGCUGGAUCGAGCCGCAGAGCGGUCACCUGGUCACCCAGCGGGAGCGGCAGGUGCACUUCAACAACCUCACCUACGAUCGGGUGGCCGGCACGUUCUACCAGCUCGACCGCGAGUGCAUCUCCACGCUCGUCACCAUGGAGUACCUGGCCAUGAUGUGCGAGACGGCUGGCACGGAGAGCGUGCCCGCGCCGCCGGCUGGCUCGUCACAGUCGCACGUGCCCGGCUCGGCGGAGACCUCCAUUCAGCAGGUGCCGUUCUGCUUCGACCUGCCGCGCCUGCUGAGACGCUGUCAGCAGGCCGAGGUGCUGCUCUCCACGCUUGUGCAGGACCUUUCGGAGCUGGAGCUGCCCUCGCCGGCUGGCGACCCGGACCGCUACGAUCCCGACGCAGCUAACCGCGAGCUCUACCGACUUCUACUGGAUACGGUGGCGGCGCUCCACCAGCGCCAGGUGACGCUCACGGCCCGGGACUGUCGGCAGAUACCGCAGCUGGUGUGCGAGCGGGAGAGGACCGAGCGCCGGCCGCACCCGCCCUUCGCGCCAGACGCCGGCGGCAGGGUGGCCCGCUGGCGCUGCUACGUCAAGGCCAUCAGCCCGACCCACGUCAUGACCACGCUGCUGCCGGAGAGUUUCGACGACCUGAAGCUGCUGAUGGCGUCGGCGGGCUCCGACGGCUGUCAGUACGUGCCGGAGGACGCCGAGGAGAGCCUGCGCGCGCUGUUUGACGCCGACAGUCGCGCCGACAGUCUGGCCGACACAGUGGGCUCCGGCUCGGUGUCUGUGCCGCCGCGCUCCGCGUCCCUGAGUACGCGGCUGGCCGGCUGCGGCACGUCGAGCCGCCCGGCCGCGCCGCCGCCGCAGCCGGCCGCGCGCAGUCGCGCCUGCUCGGCCGGCGCUGCCGCCAAGAAGACGGUGACACUGGUGGCGGCGGAGACCGAGAGCGAGGAGGGUGCGCCGCGACCGCCGCGCCGCCGCUCCCGUCACCCGUCUUCUCCCUCCAAACUGCAGCACUGCGAGUCAGACCCGGCCCAGUGCCCGCACCGGUCCCGGUCCUUCCCCAACAGCGAUGCGGGCCAGCGGCGGCGCGCCGGCGGCCGCCCCAGCCGGCGCCGACCGGCGUUGCUCGGCUCACUCUCCCUGCCCGUGUACGUGUACGACUGUUCUCUGCGCUCACUGACGCAGCAGCUCGGCUACCGUGUGCGGCCCGGCCGGCCGCCGGACCUGUACCGAGACGCGCGCUUCUCCCUGUCGGAGGCGCCUCCGUCUCCGGGCUGGUCAGGCCGCGGCACGGACGAGCCGGCCGAGGACCCGCCGCACCUGGCCGAGCACUGCAACGUGCUGCAGCUGGCGCAUACGCGCUCCUUUGUGGUCGGCGUGUUCCGCUCACUGCAGGCCUGCCGCAGCGUACACCCUCUGGACGUGCAGUGGGCCAUAGACCUGUGUGACGAACAGCCCCUCGAGGUCGACAUCACCGACUUCCUCAAGACGAUCUGCGGCCACAUCCGCGACUUCACGAUGCGCUCGGCGGAGCAGCAGCGCCACCGGCCGGCCGACUGCGCUUCCGUGGCUGCCUCGGACUGCGAGCCGCACCUGCCGCUGUCCCUGCUGGCCAGCCACCAGCCGUGCGGCCGACUGCAGAAAGUGCACGCUGAGGUGCGCGCCAAGUUCGCCCGUCUGCUGCGGGCCAACUUCGGCACGGUGCCUUCCAGCCCGCAUGUGCUUUUCUACCUGCCGCCCGGGUUGCGGACGGGGCUGGAUGAUGAUAGCACGCUACCUGACGACUACCCAGAGAGAGUGCCCUCGGCGGAUAAUGACACCGGCACCGUCCAGCUCAACGACAUCGACGCGUCGGAUGUGUGGCGAGACGUGCAUCGUCAUCCGGAGGAGAUUUUCAGCGUGGUUACAAAGACGUCUCUGUUGUCUAACGUCGACUCUGAGUCGGUGGGAGAUCUUGACGACCGAGCUGUGGAAGUCGGUGACGAACGGGAGGAGGAGAACAUGCCGCCGCUGUUCCUGCAACUGACCUGCACCACGCGAACGGGUACUAACACGUACACGCGUCACAUCCUCGAUCUGCCCACCUGUAUCGGCGAGCUGGCCGGAGAGAUGACGGAGGCCGAGCUGCCGCUCGACUCUGUCCAGGUGACGCUGGACAUGUUGUGUCUGACGCUGCCCUACCAGGUGGACGCGCGGAUCUCGGAGCACACCAAGCACCAGGUGCGAGCGACCUCGUUCUGUUCGGACGGACUUGGCUCGUCGGAGGUGGUCGAGCUGGGUGCCUGCGGCAGUGACGACGCCAGCGAGCACGACAGCUUCAACGCCAGCCAGCUGGGCGCGCAGCUGGGCCACCUGAGCGAGUUCCAGCUGCAAGCGGUGACCGUGACCAAGGCUGAGGUGCAGUGGCUGCUGACGGACGAGAUUGCUGCCCUGCUGCUGGACAGCUUCCCGCCGCAGCUCGCUGUGCUCACCACAGUGGCAGACCACGUGCGGCGCUCGGCCGGCCAGAUCCAGAGCUCCCGCUCCCGCCGCGGCUGUGUACACAAACCGAUCCCGCUGUACUUUGUGUUCGGGCCGGACAAGAGCAUGGAUUUGUUCAUGCAAGAGUUCCGGCACUUGCAGGUUCCCGACUACAAGCUGGCACAGCUGGACAACCUCUACUAUCUGGUGCACGAGUCGUCCACCACGCAGCCGCUGACGUGGAAUCUGGUGCCGCCCCUGGGCUCGCUGCUGCCGCCGGCGCGCUUCUCGCCGCCGCUCGACUCGGCGGGUCUGCGGCCGCGCACGCCGGACGCCCUGAUGGCACAGACAAUGCUGGCGCGCUCCACCAGCGUCGAUCUGUGCCAGUACGCGGCCAGCUCCGGCUCCGUCUCAGACGCCGACGAGUGCACGCCCGAGAACCACCAGCGGCGGCCGGCGCCGCGCCGCCUGCGCCGCUCCAUGUCGCACCGACCGGAGGCGGCGCUCUGCGGCGAGGACCGCGAGGUGGCGGCGCUGUUCGUGCAGCCCCGGCGCCGACCGCGCAGCCAGGUCUGCGAGCCGGCCGCCGGCGGGCCGCUGGAGACCCGCCGCUGCCGCUCGGCCGCCGAGGUGCGCUCCGAACAGGUCGGCUUCCCGAGCGCCGAGGAGGGAGCUGCGGCCGGCGACAAGACCUGCCGGCCGGACGAGGCCGUGCACCAGGAGGGGUACGAGGGUGACGGCUCUGACUCGGAGCAGGACGUCGGCACGGACACGGAGCGCGGCGAGCACAUCCUGCUGCCGGCCUUCUGGCUGAUCCUGCGCGUCGCCGAGGACGCGGUCGACACCUUCUUCCACUGCCGCUACAGCCAGGAGGACAUCUGUGAGCGCAAGGCCGUGCACGAUCAGGUGAUUGCACGUAUCAACGCCAUCUGUCGGCGGGUGAACCAGAUGCUGCUGCUGCAGCAGCUUGAGCGCACGCGCUACUGCGACAGUCUCCUGGAGCCUGAGUCGAGCGCCGACAUCUCGGCUCGCCGCCGGGCCGGCGCAGAGCAGACGGACGGCGUGUAUGCGCUGUCGGCCGGCGGCUACAUUCGACCGGACGCCCUGUCACCCGACGAGCACAACCUGCACCACCAGGAGGCCAACGUCAGGUACCAGCCGGGCCACUUCAGCUGCGACGUCAGGUGGCAGGCGCGGUUCGCGCUGCACCCGCGGCUGCGCGGCGCAGCGCACGGAGCCACGCCCGGCCUGGCCUACCUGCGACAGGCGCUCGAAACGUUCGCCGUCAGCAACCGGCUCAACAUGUUCGUCUUCAAGGACCCCAAGCUUGGUGACGUCUUCUACCUGAGACUGAGGGAGUGCAGUGGCUCCGGUGGCCAUCCGUCCGGGGACAGUGCGUCGGCCGUCUCCCUGGACGAGCGGCUGGGCACGCAGCCGGCCCGGACCAGCAUCACCAGCCUCACCAAGGACGAGCCGCCGCGUGGCCGGUGUACCUCUGUCGGUGAACGUGACGCCAGCUACCGAAGCGACUCGGAGGAAGGAGUUCUGCUGCUGGUGCAUGGCAUCACGGAGCCAGGUCCGUGCAUCAAGGAGGACCUGGUGCGCCUGCUGCACAGCCGGCUGGACGAGCGGCUCCUGGAGCUCUUCACCAAGGCGCUGCUGAGGAACCCGCAGACCAAGCUGGCGCCGGAGGACGUGCACUUUAUCCAGCCGCCCAACACGCCGCCCGAUCACUGCCUCAAGUUCACCCUGCCGCCGUCUGCCAGCGGUCACCUGUCGUCGGUGGUCGGCUACCUGAGGAACAACCUGCUGCAGAUGCUGCACCAGCCCAAGUACACUGACACCAGGGAGGAGAACCAGUUCCGGGACUGGGGCAGCAGCGAGGAGUCUGAAAUGUUCCUGUACGUGCCGUCUGAGAAGCACGGUGGCCGCGGCAUGGCGUGCGUCUCGCUCUCGGCGGUUCGACCGGCCGGCGCGCCGGCGGCGCCUCCCUCGGACGACGAUCAGCACCACUGGAGCCCCAGUCGGUUCGAGGCGCUCACCACCACUCGGCUGUACGACCCGGAGGUAGACGGCGCUUCUGCCGUGCUGUUGCGGUUCAACAUCUGGGAGAAGGGGCGCGCCAACCUGUCGUGGCUGGAGCCGCGGCUGCCGUCGGCCAUCCGGUACGCCCUGUGGGACCGCUGCAUGGUGUGGCACGUACUGCCGCACUCGCCGCUGGAGGGCGCCGGACCGGGACCGGCGCGCGACCUCUCCGGUGCGCUCAGAGUGGGUGCGCCGCCACCACCUGCACUGCGCUCAUUCUCGCUGUUCGAGUCUCCGGCGUCGAGCCGCGCGGCUGCCUCCGGUAGUGGUGGCGACCAGACCCCGUCCAUCGUACUCACUUCGCCGGCACUGGAGACCGGCCGCCCGCUGGAGGACCCUCCUCCCUCGGCCAUGGCUCGGUUCCUGGACCGCCGCAUCUCGUCACCUCUGACCCAGCUACAGGACCCGCCGGCGGCCUGCUCGUCGGGUCAGUCAACGCCUCGCCGCCCCGCCUCCGGGGAGCCGGUACCUCUGCGACCCAUGUACGGGGACAUGCUGAGGCAGUGGCUGCAGUUCGGCAGUGAGCUCAGCGUGCCCAACCUCAAACGGCACACGGUCGUACUCAGCAACAGGUACACCGUUGGCGCGUUCGUGUCCGGUCUGAUGCGACUCAUUCAGGAAGAGUGUCCGUCUCUGAGCUGCCACAUAUGCCGAGCCGUGGACGGAGGUCACGUGCUGUGUGACAGUGCCGACCUGGACAGUCACGACUGCGAGGGACUGCUGCUGGUCGGACAUGGCCACAGGGAGGACUACGUGCGGAUGGCGGCGCACCGGCUGAGUUUCAGCGGUCAGCUGGGCACCCCGACGCCGGCCGAGUCGACGCAGUGCUCCUCGGUGCCCCCCUCCCCGGGUCCCUCCACGGGCAGCCACUCGUUCCGCAGCCCGGGCGACCUGACCGCCUCGCCCGGCUGUCUCACCACCUCCAUCCCACUGGCCAAACAGAAGCUGGCCUGGGCGCGGGUCAGCGGAAACCAGGUGGAGCUGUACACGUACAACUGGCCCAAGGAGAAGUGGGACCACCUGCACGUCAAGUGCUCGGACCUGUGUCAGUGGACGAACGCGCGCUGCUCUCUGCUGCACUCGAUCGUGGCGCAGAAGCUGGGUCUGUUCCACCAUCAGCCGUUCACCAGGCGGCCCGACCAGGCGGCCGGAGAG